AUGAGUGCCCUACCGACUGAAUCCAAGUCUUCCAAAGGGUCUGUUGGCGGCACCAGACUGCAAGCAGGCGACGAAUACGGCGUUUUGAGUAAUCCAAACAUCGGGCUGGUCGUGUUCGGCGACUACGUGUUCCAAACAUGGUACGGAAACGGCGCCUAUUUUGCGUCAAGCGGCGACCAGGAAUUGGGUAUCGAUACUAUAAAGCUGAAUGCUCUGCUGCUGAGGAGAAAGACUCCUCAGGCUUCUUCGGAUGGUAUCUGGCUCGCCCAGCUAUAUGUAUGCGAGCACUGCUUUAAGUACUCAUCUGACGCCCAAAAGAUGACGCUCCAUAGAACACUAUGUCCGCUUAAGAAGCCGUUUCCUCCCUUGGGUAAGCUAGUGUACUCAGAUACGAGAGCACCGUACCUAAUCAAACAGGUUCGGGGCUACACCCAUGAGCUUUUCUGUCAAAAUCUUUCCCUCUUUGGCAAGUUGUUUCUUGAGGACAAGUCCGUCUACUACAAUGUCGAAUGCUUUGAAUUCUACAUUUUGUAUGGCUUUGAUCCUGAGGAUGAGGAAAUUUCGGGGUCCGUGCUACGAAAAUACUUCAAGCCAAUGGGUUUUUUCUCCCGUGAGAUCAACUCCUGGGACGCUGACAAUAACCUUGCUUGUAUUUGCAUAUUCCCUCCUUAUCAGCGACUACACUUGGGACAGCUUCUCAUCGAAUUUCUGUACGCUUUAGCGUCAGUGACCCCCCAUAUGGCCCGUCUGGGACCAGAAUAUCCGCUUUCGCCCUAUGGCAGAAUCUCCUACUUACGGUUCUGGGCAAAAAAAUUGGCCUCGGUCAUAACUACAGACUAUGCCACGAAGGAUAAAGUCACAUUAGUGCAAUUAGGCAACGCUACGGGGUUCCGAAAAGAAGACAUCCUUCUAGCACUCGAGUAUAUGGAAAUUCUAGAAGAGGAUCCUGAAAAUGGAAAGGUUUUUUUGAAAGUAGCAAAUGUGCAAGAAUGGUGCCGAAAAAAUCAUUUCGACAGCACCAUUCAUCAACAAAAAUUGAAUCCAGACUGUCUUCUUCUAUAA